GAGAGAGGCAGAGACACAGGCCGAGGGAGAAGCAGGCUCCAUGCAGGGAGCCCGAUGUGGGACUCGAUCCCGGGUCUCCAGGAUCACGCCCCGAGCUGAAGGCGGCGCUAACCGCUGCGCCACCAGGGCUGACCCCCACCGUGACUCGUGACAUUUAUAGGCUCCGCUGCCCUGUGCUUCUACCGCGCUCUGCAGAUGUUCACUCUGCCUCAGGAAGAAUCCAGGGCACCUGCCACUGGUCUGGGCUCAGCCUCCACACGGGACAGUAAUUAUGGGGAUGGUCUGGAAAGAGAACGCUCCAGAAAACCAGACCAGAAGCUGCCAGAGUUCUGUGCGGUGGGCGAUCCCGCUGCCAUGUUUUCCUCUAACAACUCCUACCUGUCCUCUAGAGGAGGCAUCAUUAAAUGGUUCUGGGACUCAGCGGAGGAGGGCUACAGAACCUACCACAUGGACGAGUAUGAUGAGGAUAAGAACCCCAGUGGCAUCAUUAACUUGGGCACCAGUGAGAAUAAACUCUGCUUUGACCUGUUAUCCAGACGGCUGAGUCAGAGUGACAUGCUGCGGGUGGAGCCAUCAUUGCUGCAGUACCCUGACUGGAGGGGACAUCUGUUUCUCCGGGAGGAAGUGGCCAGAUUCCUGUCUUUCUACUGCAAGAGCCCUGCACCCCUUAAACCAGAGAACGUGGUUGUUCUGAAUGGCUGUGCCUCCCUCUUCUCUGCUCUGGCCACAGUGCUGUGUGAGGUGGGGGAGGCUUUCCUGAUCCCCGCCCCUUACUAUGGAGCCAUCACACAGCAUGUCUGUCUCUAUGGCAAUGUCCGACUGGUCUGUGUCCAUCUGGACAGUGAGGUCACUGGGCUGGACACACGUCCCUUCCAGCUCACAGUGGAGAAGCUGGAGAUGGCCCUGCAAAGAGCUCAUUCUGAGGGUGUGAAGGUCAAAGGUCUCAUCCUCAUCAAUCCCCACAACCCUCUGGGUGACAUCUACUCCCCAGGAGAGCUGCGGGACUACCUGGAAUUUGCCAAGAGGCACGAGCUGCAUGUGAUGGUGGAUGAGGUCUACAUGCUGUCCGUGUUUGAGAAGUCGGCAGCGUACUGCAGUGUCCUGAGCCUGGAAGGGUUGCCUGACCCCCAGAGGACUCAUGUGAUGUGGGCGACCAGCAAGGACUUCGGGAUGUCUGGGCUCCGCUUUGGCACGCUGUACACAGAAAACAGGGAUGUGGCCACUGCGGUGGCUUCCCUCUGCCGAUAUCAUGGCCUCAGUGGCUUGGUCCAGUACCAGAUGGCACAGCUGCUCCAGGACCGUGACUGGAUCAACCAGGUGUACUUGCCUGAGAACCAUGCCCGGCUCAAGGCUGCCCACACCUAUGUCACAGGGGAGCUCCGGGCCCUGGGGAUCCCCUUCCUGAGCGGUGGGGCAGGCUUCUUCAUCUGGGUUGACCUGAGGAAGUACCUGCCCGAGGCCACCUUUAAGGAGGAAAUGCUGCUUUGGCGCUGCUUUUUGGACAACAAGGUGCUGCUGUCCUGUGGCAAAACCUUCGAGUGUAAAGAGCCUGGUUGGUUCCGCUUGGUCUUUUCAGACAAGGCCCACCGCCUCUGCCUGGGGAUGCAGAGGGUCCGGCAGGUGCUUGAGGGCAAAUCCCAGGCAGCAGAAGCCCGGUCUUCCCGUCAGAGCCAGGAGCCAAGGAGCCAGCACAGGUGAGCUGGUCAUCACCCAGUGACUGCAGGGCCUGGCAGCCACCGCCAAUCUGAGCUACUUGGGGCUGCGAAGACUGGUGGUGGAUGAGGCAUUUGGCAGGAGGGUACCCGACGCGGCCUCGCCCCUGAAGAAGAACCAUUUCUUGCCUCUCUCAGAGGCGGUGAGAGACUCCUCCAGCUGUGCUGUGCUCUGGCCCUUCUCCCUCUAUUAAACACGACUGGGAGACACUAGAAGCUUCUGUUGUGAGUAAUUUACAGAAUGGAGGAGUCGUGACUGCUCCUAACCACAACUGUUAGCCUCUCUGAGGACAUGGAAAGAAAACAACUGGUACCUUCUUUUGAUGGCACCUUCCUUCCUCCUUCGUUGCGGAGGACAAGUCAGAGGGACAACACAGAGAAGAAUGAUUACUGCCCAGAAAUAAACAAGAGUGAUAAUUUCCCAACUAC